CACACACACACAUAAUUGAGUGUCUAUUAUAACAUUGCAAUUUAUUACACCUCUUUUAUUGUUCAAUGUUUAGUCAAUAAUUAGUACUACAGUAAAGAUUCCACAUAAUAACACAAGUUGAAAAUUCAAUCCCUAUGUAAGACUAAAAUGAGUGUUGUCUUAGGAAAUAAAUUGAUUGUAAUAUAAUCAAUCCCAUGACUUAGAUAAGUUAGGUUUCAUUAACAUGUUGAAGAUAAGCUAAAUGGGCCCCACCAAACAUGCUUAUUUUUUAACCUAUGAUAAUGCAUUAUUGAUUAGACACCAAUAAUCACUCUGUUUUAUUCCACCAUUUUUUAAUUAUUAAUAAUUAAAAAACAAAUCAACCAGUACUUCCAUUAUAUAUAUAUUAUCAUCUUUGCUCCAUCAUUCUCCAUUAAGAAAAAAUUUAAUAAAACCAACCUCUCUCUUUCUUUCUAUCUUGUUUCUUUGUUUAAUUUGCUAAACAUUAUAUUGGUGUGUGAUUAAAUGGCUAUAAGGUUUUCGAUUUAUUCGUCUCCUAUUCCGAGUUUAAGCCGUUUUUCGGACAAAAGGCCUAACAACAGUGGACUUUUGAUGUGUAGUUCCAACAAUCAUGUCUCGGUUAAUCUUCAGAUCAGAUCGUUCGAUCGUAAGAACAAGGUAUUUGAAGAUAGAUCAGCUGGAAUCGUUUGCUAUAAAGACGAAAACGGGGAGAUAGUAUGCGAAGGAUACGACGAGGGCCCUCGUUUUCACCACCAAAUAUCAAGAUUUACGUGUAAUUCAAGUAGAGAAUUAGAGAUAGUGGAGCUGCUACAGAGAUGUUGGGUGAAUGUUGGUGCAGAUGAGAAUGAGAUCAAAAUUGCAGCAGCAGAAAAAGACUUGAAAUCUUCAUGUAAUAAUGGUUUCAACAAAUUAUUUUAACUGUAAUAACUAAUUCUUGACUUUCAGGAUAUAACUUAAUAUACUGAACUGAUGAUUUAGAAUGU